AUGCCCUGCAGAACGUGCGGCAAAGACUGCAAAUGUUUGCGCAUGAUGAGUAAGCGUAGUUGCGGCUCUCGGGCGUGUGAUUCCGGUUGCACCUGUAGCUGUAACGCCAGCUCGAGUAGGUGCCUCGGCACGGCUCAAGUUGGAAGCGAAGACCGACGGCAGGACGAGUCGGGGCAACUGCAGCCCAGCCAGGGCGGUUGUGCAUGUACCGGUGGUGGUCAGAUCAAUGAGGAGGGCACGACCACAACGGUUGGAUGUGGUGAUUCCUGUUCCUGUUAG